AUGGCCUCCACCAAGAAUCCCCUCCAUCGACUCUUUGGAAUCCACGCUCCCAAACACGGCGACUCCAGCCACGAUGAACGAGACUCCAACGUGAACCUGCAACUCAUCAGUCUCGGACUCCCCCGCACAGGCACGACCUCCCUCCAAGAAGCCCUGAUCAAACUCGGCUUCGGCCCCUGCCACGGCGGCGUCGAACUGCUGCGUUCUCCCGCCCAGACCGCCCGCUACCACGACAUCUACACCCGCCUCAUCGCCCACAAAACCCAAGCCGGCGACCCCGACCUCAACGCCCAAAUCCACAAGUCGAUGCAAGGCUUCAGAAGCUCCACGGACACCCCCCUCGCGUUCCUCGUGGCCGAAACUAUCGCCGCGUAUCCCAACGCAAAGUUCAUCCUCACCGUCCGCCCAGACGGCCCGAAAGGCUGGUGGACGUCCAUCUGGAACACCUCCUCCUGGCACUGGCGCACCGACUGGCUCCGCACCGUCUUCCGCACGCUCAUCUACCCCGUCUCGUUUCUCCGGCGCGUCGACGACAAAGUCCUCCUCAUCCGCGAGAUCUGCCUGCAGCGCUACGGGUGCUGGGAUGAAGGGACGUACGAAAGACAUAAUGCGCUCGUUAGGGCGUUGGUACCUCCUGAGCGGCUGCUUGAGUUUGAUGUUAGGCAGGGGUGGGGGCCGCUGUGUGGGUUUUUGGGGGUUGAGAUUCCGGAGGGGGUGGAGUUUCCGAGGUUGAAUGAGAGGGAGAGUAUGGUGAGUUUGUAUUUGGGGUUUAUGUUGUUUGGGGGGUUUGUGUGGUGUUGUUAUGCGGUUUUUGUUGGGGGUGCGGUGGCGGUGGCUGUUUGGCCUGGGUUGUUGGAGAGGGCGGUGGAGGGCGUUCGGGGAUGGAUGGUAGGGGUUUGGUGA